AUGGAGAAGAGCCACCAAGAAAACAUGGAGAGGAUGCGCAAGGUCCUGCUGCAGUACAAGCUGGCUGAACUAAAGCAGAUGGAAGCAGGAUCUGCCAUCAAAGCUGCCGCUGCAGCUGCAUCCUCGGAAGCAGCCUCCUCUCCGCAGCCUGAAAACCGGAGCAUGAGCAGUUUGCCCCGCUGGAGCCAGGAGAGAGAGAAGCAGUUCCUGAAGCUGCUGAGGCAUGUGGUGAGUGUGGGAGAUCCGGAGAAGAAGUACGCCAGGUGGAAACGUAUUGGCAGUGGGGGUUUUGGCACUGUUUAUAAGGCCUUCAACGCUGCCACAGGACAAGCGGUGGCCGUAAAGCAACUUAAUCUCCAGCACCAGGGCUGUGAGGACGUGUUAAAGGAAAUCCUGGUCAUGCGAAAAAAUAAGAACCCCAAUAUUGUCACCUACUUUGAAAGCUACCUUGUCAAUGAGGCUGUCCUGCUGGUGUUGGAAUAUAUGGAUGGAGGCUCCUUAGCUGAUGUGGUCUGCAUGAGGAGGAUGGCUGUAGGACACAUAGCAACAGUGUGUCGGGAGUGCCUGCAAGGCCUGGCUUUCCUUCAUGCCAACCAGGUGAUCCACAGAGACAUCAAGAGUGACAACAUCCUUCUGGGCCGGGAUGGCUCCGUCAACCCUGAGCAGAGUAAACGGAAGUCGAUGGUCGGGACCCCCUGCUGGAUGGCACCCGAGGUGGUGAGAGGAGAGCCAUACGGCCCCAAAGUGGACACCUGGUCCCUUGGCAUCGUGGGAAUAGAAAUGGCCAAAGGAGAGGCUCCUUAUAUUCGGGAAACCAGUGACAGGGCUAAUUACCUGAUAGCCAAGCGAGGGGUGCCAAAUCUGCACAAGCUCAAGCUACCCCCUGGCUUGUGUGAAUUUCUGGGCUGCUGCCUGCAGAUGGAUGCGGACAGGCGAGGCUCUGCCAAGGAACUUCUGCAGGAGCCGGAAGGGCAGCGUUUGGAGGCACAGCAGCGGCUGGCACAAGGGGCAAACUUCCUUGCAGAGGUACAGAAGGAGCAGGAGAAGAGGCUGCUUGAGAUGAAGCAGGAAGUUGCCAGCAUGCAAGCUGUACAAGAAGAGGGGGCCAUGGCUAAUAGGUUCAAGGCUCUGCAAGUGCAACGAAGAAGGCAUCCUGGCGGCUUCCACGCUGUCAGGCCUCAGUUUACCCUGCCCGUCACGUGCCGAAACCAUGCUGCUCCCGAGGGUGGCACCCCCAAUAAACGUUCAUCUCAUAAGCAGGCUCAGAAGCCGUGUGGAAUCUCCUUGCCUGCCUGCUGCUACCAGCGAACGUACAGCUUAGGGGGCGCCGGGGGACUCCGCAGGGAGCCUCGAACCAACCGCAACACCCCUCCUCCCACCGGGGCCCCGUCCGCCGCCACGUCCCCGAGUAGACGCUGCCAUUCGAAGGCGCGGCGCAGCAGCAGUGAACCCAGAGGAAUCGCUCUUGCAGGGCCUCCUGCGCUUUCCCUGCGGGCAAGAUGCGGCUGUCAACAUUCGGGCCAGGGCCGGGAACGGUCCCCGACCUCCCCACUCCAGCCCCCCAAGCGCCCCGGGCAGGGCAUCCCCAUUGGAAGGGGGCACCUGCGGCUCGGGCGGGCGGCUGCUCUGUAG